ACGUCGAGAGAACAGGAAGUACGCUAAGCGGUUUGAGUGCGACGAUGAUGAUGAUGAAGAUGAUGAUGGAGCUCUGUCUGGACCACAGCGCUCAUUAUGAUGCCGUCUGACACCUCCGGUGACAUUACGCGCCUCGACUUCGAGAUGUGACCGCGGAUACGAGUCAGACAUGAGUCGGUUGCUCGCAGCGAGAGCCUGUUAGCGGAGCCUCCUCCUCCUCCAUCCUGUAACAGAGCUUCAUCAGCAGGCGGAGAGCACGCUCAGCUGCUCCGCUGCAGCACCACUCAGAGCCCGGAGAGAAGAUGAUGAAGAGGCCUUAAAUGUCCGACCUGCGCCGGUGUGUUCACUCAUCAAACACAGGUAUUAUCAUGGAUUGAAAAUGGUGGAUUUUUGUUGUUUUACUGCCAGGCUGCAGGUUCGGCGCAGAGGCGUGCACAGGUACUGAAAGGGGCGGGGGCCAUACGUCAAAAUCUUGACCCCUAAACCAGGCAAACCAGGUAGUUAAUACGAACUUAUAAAUGGUGUUAAUUUUAGCCAUAAAAAUAUAAUAUGCACGUUACAUUCUGUGGAUCUUUAACACCAGACUCCCACCAGAUCUAUGCUUGGUCUCCUCCAUCUGGUGCUGAAGUCUGACACAGACUCAACAGACAAUACACACCAUUAUAACUGCUGCACACACACCACCAAGGCUGUUGUCAACAAUAAGAGCAUGUUUUUCUGCAGCGCAAAUCCUGACCUGUUGCCAAGCUUGGCUCCCUGUGCCUGUCGAUCUAUUUCCAAAGCCUUUAAAGGACCUAUUUUCUGACCAAUUCAUAAGGAAAUCAAACUGUGUGUUACCUUUGUGAAACAUCAGCAGCAAGAGAACCAGAUAUUGAACCGUCCUGCAUGUUUGUGUGGGGAUGUGGAUUUGUUUUUAACCCUCAGGGGUCCUUUAAAACAGUUACGUUUAUGUCCUUAGAUGAACAAAAAUGUCCAUCUCCAAAAAGUGUAGUAAAAGUACUAAACAUUAAUAUUUUUCCACUUUUUUUGCUUAAAUCUUUUUAUCAACUUCAGUCCUAAUUAUAGCUACCAAAUAUUCAUAUAUUUUCAGAAUUUAAACCCUUUAAAUGCCAGUUUGACUCGAUGUUGUCGCUGUUAUUUUUAAUGGGGAAAAAAUGACAGAGUUAUUUUCCAUAAAUAAGAUAUUGGGGCAGGAAUUUCUUUGCUUCUUUUAUCAAGGUCUAUGAUGUGUCAAUAAUUCACAACAACAUUGAUUUUGAUGCAUUGUUAUGUUUGAUGUAAUGUCCGAAAAGUAAAAAUGUCCUAAGAGCCCCAGAGGGUUAAGUUCCUAAGAGCUGUGAAAACAUUCACAUCUCUGUUUCUCUCACUUUCAUUUGCAUGUAGGCCCCUCUGGUCAAAAAUGUGAUUCAGUAAGGUGCUGUAAAUAUAAAAAUAUAUAUAUAUUUUAUUGCCUCAAAGUAUGUGGUAUUAAAGAGUAUCAAAGUAUAAAACAUUUUCACAACCUCAUCUGUAAUUCUAAGUUUCAUACAGAUAAGGUAAAGAUAAGAAUUCAUUAUCCCCUGUUGACAGAGGCAGUGUUGAUUGUUUUUCUCUCCCAAUUUUACAUGUCAGAUUGUAUAAAAGUGUCCAAUAUUCUUGACUCAUUCCUCAUUGUAGAGAUCUUCUCGUUUUUUGCUGGAUUUUGCCCUCAGACAUGUCGUCGCAGCUCCAGGCGUUCUCCUCUCCCUCCGUCUCCUCCAGUGCCUACUCUCGCUCGAAGAGGCUCAAAUUGGAGAACCCUGCCUGGGAAGCAUCGAACCAGCUGGGAGAUAAUGGUUACUACCAGCAGAGCCCCUCCCAGGCAGCUGCGCCCUCCACUUCUGACUCCAACUUCAACCCGGCGUACAACUCCAACCAGGCGCCCCCGCCCACGGUCAGCUCCAGGGAGCAGACGGUGGUGCGAGCGGCAGACAGCACAGGCAGCCUCCGCGGACCCCCCUCCUCCUCGUCCUCAUCCUCCUCCUCCAGCCGGCGGGUCAAGGAUGCCGAGUCGUCAUCCCAGCAGUGCGACCUCUACCACAAGCAGUACAGCCUGAAGAGGAAGAGCGAGGAGGUGGACAGCAGCGACAGCGUCCAGAUCCUGGAGGAGCUCUCAGCCCCCGUCGUCUCGAACCGCACAGCUGGCGGAGGAGGAACCACCACGGCUCAGUCUAUAGCACACUCUACUUCGACCACCAAGAGCAGCAACUCACACAGCGAGGGCGACUACCAGCUGGUGCAGCAUGAAAUCCUGUGCUCCAUGUCCAACAGCUACGAAGUGCUGGAGUUCCUGGGACGGGGAACCUUUGGGCAAGUGGCAAAAUGCUGGAAGAGGGGCACAAACGAGAUAGUGGCGAUUAAAAUCCUGAAGAACCAUCCUUCUUAUGCUCGGCAGGGUCAGAUUGAGGUGAGAACAAGCUCAGGAUCUCACCCUGCCUUCAUUUGGGUCAGGUGUGUUGUUAACGUCAUGUAAAUGUUCUCCUUGUGGUGCAGGUGAGCAUCCUCAGCAGGCUGAGCACGGAGAACGCGGAUGAGUUCAACUUCGUGCGCUCCUACGAGUGUUUCCAGCACAAGAACCACACGUGCCUUGUGUUCGAGAUGCUGGAGCAGAACCUCUACGACUUCCUGAAGCACAGCAAGUUCAGCCCUCUGAUGCUCAAGUGCAUACGGCCCAUCCUGCAGCAGGUCGCCACCGCGCUGAUGAAGCUGAAGAGCCUGGGUCUGAUCCACGCCGACCUGAAACCAGAGAACAUCAUGUUGGUGGAUCCUCUGAGGCAGCCGUACAGGGUGAAAGUCAUCGACUUCGGCUCGGCCAGUCACGUGUCCAAAGCUGUUUGUUCCACCUACCUGCAGUCUCGAUACUACAGGUGAGUCUGUUAACUGGAUCACAUCCUCUUAAAGUAGAGCUGCAAAUAUUAACUUAACGUGUUCCCUCAGAGCUCCAGAAAUCAUCCUGGGCCUUCCUUUCUGUGAAGCCAUCGACAUGUGGUCUCUGGGAUGUGUUAUUGCGGAGCUGUUCCUGGGUUGGCCUCUUUAUCCUGGUGCCUCAGAGUACGAUCAGGUCAGCAGCAGAACAUGAUUUAACAGAAAAAGAUCCUUUUUUUGUCAUUUUUCACACAUUUUCUCAUAUUUACAUUUCAGAAACUGCCAGGAAAUUAUCAUUAUGUAAUAUCAGGCUGGUUUAGGCAUCAACUGUCUUUCUGAAAAGGAAAAUAAAGUGUUGACAUUCAACAUUCAACAUUUAUAUUUGACAAUUAUUUUAUAGCUACUUUUAUUCUAUUCAGUGACUUUUAAUCUACCAGAAACUUCCUGUCUUUGACUGAUUUUCAUAAAUAUUGCUGUAAAUUUAGUGUUAAUUUUUCUGGAAAUAAUAAUCAUAAGAAGUGGUGACAGCCCUGACUUUGAGGGGCUGUCUAACUUAGUGUUACAGUGUGUUUGACCCUAAAUUAAUUUUAUGCCGGAAUAUCCCUUUAAAGCAUUAUUCACAUUAUUCCAUAUAGCAGAAUGAGAAGACUAGUAUUAGACUCACCAGGUUAGCUCUUUUUGUUUUUUUAUAAGAUUUGUUCGUCUCUGAUUUUGAUACUAAAAAAAUAAAACAGUUUUUGUUUGUAACUGAACAAAAGUCUGACAGUAACACCCCUGCAUGUAAACACUGAAGCUCAGAUCUUUUCUCGGCUUUACGUUUGUUUUCCAUCUCCUGACACUUUCCCGUCGUCUCCCUCAGAUUCGUUACAUCUCCCAGACUCAGGGCCUUCCAGCGGAGUAUCUGCUGAGUGCAGGAACAAAGACCAGCCGCUUCUUCAACAGAGGCCCCGACUCGAGUUACCCCCUCUGGAGACUCAAAGUGAGUCACCCCCUCAGAAAGGAAACACUGAAUGUCCAUAACAAGCUCAAGCAGAGAGCGCAUUUACUGAGAUUUGCUGUUGUUAUUUUUCUGCAGACGCCUGCAGAGCACGAAGCAGAAAUGGGCAUCAAGUCAAAGGAGGCGAGAAAAUACAUCUUCAACUGUCUGGAUGAUAUGAUGCAGGUGAGAACGAAGGUGUUUAAAUUCAUUUUACUUUUUAAAAAUCCUCUUUCUUGGACGUUGAUUAUAUAAAAAACCUGUGUGGGUGUAAGUCUGCUCCUUUAACAGACCUCCUGUCCUCCCUCCUCUCUGCAGGUGAACAUGACAAACCUGGAGGGCACGGACAUCCUGGCAGAGAAGGCUGACAGGCGGGAGUUCAUCGACCUGCUGAAGAAGAUGCUGACCCUGGACGCGGACAAACGGAUCACACCCAUGAAGACGCUGAACCACCCGUUUGUCACCAUGACGCACCUGCUACACUUCCCUCACAGCUCACAGUAAGACGGCACACGCAAGACCGUCCUCACGCUAAAAAAUGAACGAUUUUCGGAGCUGAGUUUGACCUUUAAGGGAUUGUUUCCUCGCCUGAUUGUUUAAUCUUGAUUGUCUUUACAGUGUGAAGUCCUGCUUCCAGAAUAUGGAUAUAUGUAAACGCAGAUGCAGCGCCUUUGAGAACGGGAAAAACAUGUUUGCCAGCAACAACACCCCGAGUGCAGCCACCAACCUCACCGUCACCUUCAGCAGCCAGCUCAACCAGCACAACCAGGUGAGAGUUCAGGGGUCCGUUUAUCCACCUGCUCAUUUCUGUGCCUGUAAUCUCAUUUAUGUAUUUUAUGCAUUGUCAUUUACAUUUUAAGUGCCAGGAAAUCCUCUGAUUAGCAUUUAUAUCACUUCAACGUGAUCGUGUUUUGCUGCACCGCUGAGAAGCUCAGCGGGUCUGCUGUGACAGUCAGCUGAAUCAAUAUUCAUAACAUCACCGCAGCGCUUCAGAAUCCUUAUGGAAACUGAUUUAAUGCGGCUGCGUGGUUUUGAAUGUUAAAAAUGAUCAUGAUUGCACAGAGGUGGUGCUUUAAGUUUUUAUUUGAACAUCAGGUGACGGUGUCCUGAAGAAGAGCACAUUUAUGAAAAAAGAUGAAUUUGCAGCCAACAGGUACUAAACCACACAAAGACGAAUUCUGGUGGUCAGCUGCUUAAAAGUGAUGUCUGAACAUGUGGAAAUGGUUGAACGUGUGGCUGUAUUUACCAAAGAGAAAGAGAAAGAUGAAGGGAAAUGUAAUUUAUGUUUAUGCAACUGUCUGCAGCUUGAAACAACUCUGUAAACUCCAACUGCUGGGACUGCAGGGCUGUCAAGUUCAGCACACUCAGACGUCAUAGCAAGUCCCAACCAUAGACCGUAUAUACUACGAACAACUUGGUUCCCCUUUCGCCAGUAUACAGUUUUAAAGCCGAAAAGCUCUCUGUAAUUCUGCGUUUUUUCUCCACUUCCUGAAACCAACUUUGCACUGUAGUGUUGUGCGCGUGAGAGUCGCCGAGAGUCGCUGUGAUAACGCUCGGCUCAAACAGCGUUUCCCCCUGGUGAGCUACGCAAUCUGAAUACGCCCAUAGGCUGUUUACCUGAGGCUGCCAUAGCAUAGAGUUAGACUGAAUAGAUUGGCACCUAUGCAUCAGGCCUAUUGUCACGAUACCUGAUCUAGAUUUUUUUUCAGUAUCAAAACUGAUACCGAUAUCAAAUAUCGUAUUGGUGCAUCCCUAGUUCGAAGGAUUAUAUACAUUUAUAUUUAUAAAGUAAACAUUGCAGAUGGACUAAUGACCCCCAAACACCAGGAAAGACUUAUCAGGGAUUUUAACGAGGACUUGAAUCAUUACGAAGUCUUGAAAGUUGUAUAAGUUAGAAUAAAAAUGAACAGUUCCCAUCUCUGCUCGUAAAUCAACAGCUGAUCAUAUUUCAUUAAGACCAAAUUUAUCUUCUGGAAAAGCAUCUUCAGUCUCUGUCUCAUAAGUUAACUGCAUUUUCUUGUAAUUACUCUCACUCUAACGACAAAUGAGGUGUGGAAAGAGUAAAUUAGUUGAUUAAUUGAGUGUAUUUUAUGUCCCUGAACAAAACUGUUCACAGAGGGAUCUUUUCUUGUUUAAUUUCACUCAGUUUACAGUUCAACGCUGACGGAUUUCUCUGUAUUCUUAAUGUGAUAAUAAAUUUAUUAUCUCAGAGUUGUUUAAGAUGCCGACAUCUCCUCAGGUCUCGUCCUGCAGCACUCGAUGCUUUAACUUUCUUCCUGUCUCUGUCUCAGAUGGCGUCCACAGGAGGCCAGUCCCUGUCCCUCAGCAGUAACGUCCCGCUGCUGAACUACCAGCCCGGCCUCUACCAGCAGGCCACCAUAAACAUCCCCGGCCUGACCCAGCAGGGCGUCCCCCUGCAGACCAGACCCACCCAGCUCUGCACUCAGACCGAGCCCUUCCAGCAGACGCUCAUAGUUUGUCCUCCGACCAUCCAGGGUGAGGAUGAUACAUGCUGAAGUCAUGCUAUCUGUUUUUAAUACAUCCAAGUGUGACUGAUUUGACUUUUCUAAAUCUGCCUCCAUCUUGUUUUUUCUUACAGGUCUUCAAACGUCGAGUAAGCCUUCUGGUUAUCCGGUGAGAAUGGACAACUCAGUCCCUCUAGUUCCUCAAAACCAGUCGUCCCAGUCGCUCCACAUCCAGCCCGGCAUGCUGGCUCAGGUAGGACCUGCUGUGAAACCUCAGAGUGUCCGAACAAAUCUCAGAUGUCUGUCAGUUCUUUGCAGCUCAACGGUCUCCUGAUGUCUCCUGAGUUUCAUUUCAAUCUCUGUAGUUUUUGGAGCUAACGACUAAAAUGUACAAAACUUAUCACACUCAUUUUUCAUUUUUUGCUUCUUCUCGAAUCAUAAAAAUCUUUUGAGUUACUUGUUUUUCUUGUUUUGUUCCUUUUGUCUCAAAUCUCUGCUCCUCUUAUUCUUGUCUUAUUGUUUUCACUGAUCAAAACCUUUGAAUCCAAAGCAGCACCGUCCUCCGGAGCAGCUCUGUUCUUCAUGUGUCCUCUCAGUCUGUUCAGAUGUCUUAACCCUCCCCUCACACCUCCUCUCAGGCCUCCUCUCUGGACCCUCUGCUGGUGGGCAGCCUGUUCGCCUCUGUAGCAGGAGUGUCACCUUUAGAUUCAGUCCGCCUGCCGUUUGGCUGUAGGGGUGAAAGCCUCGGCGGUUUACUGGAUCAGAAUAUUUCAGCGCUGGUAAAACAUCAUCAUCAUCAUCGCAUCUUUAUUCUUCUUCUUCCUUCUGACUAUAAAAAUGAAGCAGCAGGAGAUAAAUGAAAACUUACAGGUCUUGUUUGUGGCUGAUGCAUCAAAGUUAGAGACUUCUCAAAGCAUGCAUGUUAUUCUUUUAUUUUAUAAAGCCUCAUAUUUUCAGAAAUGUGGAGAUUUAGAGGUUCAAGGGUUAAAUCUGACUCAAAUUGAUUUCCUAACACCCUGAUGCAACUUUUUAUAUAUAUAACUUUUUUUUAAUGCAAGAGUUUUUGAGAGUAUUGGAAAAUUGUUGUCAGAGUGUUGCAAGAUGCGAGCUGCCACACUUCAGACUCUUGAAUUAAAAGUACUGGCCUUCUUCAAACUGGUCCACGUUGCAUGAUUUGAAGAAGAAAGACCGUCAGAAGACACCCACACCACUGGGGUUUUAAAGCUCCAGUGGCUUUGGGUAGUAUCUAUUUAAGAUAACCAAAAAACACUCUUAAAAUCCGUGCUCCACCAAGUCUGACUCCUCGCCCACAACUCUUUCCUGCAUGUCUCUCCCUCUCUCUACUCUCCGUCUCAUUUAAAAAGUCUGAAUCCAUUCCAGCAUCAAAAACCUAAUCUCCUCCCUCUCUUUCUCAAACUAACACACUCCAGUCUGUUUCAGGUGGGCUGUCUUAUUUCCUUCUGGAUCCUUCUCCUUUUCACAGCACACAGGACUGAAUCACCGGCAUGCCCGGCAUCACAACCUCAGUGAAAUGUUUUUCUCUCUCUUUUUUUUAAGCUUUCUGCGGUGUUUGCUGCUUCUCUCAGCACAUUUUUCUCUGAGCGGUAACAAAAGCAGCUCUCUCUGCACAGGAAUAACUCAGGAAACAACGAGCACAAGAUCAAAUUCUUCAGUAAAAGACUGUUGUGCUGACCUGGAGGGAAAAUGAGGCGUCAAACCUUCGAUUUGAAUGAAUUUCAUGCAGCAAAUAUCUGAGAAGAAGCUGCUCUUUAAACAGAAAUACGUCUGAUAAUACGAUACAGGUGUUUGCCAUGUCUCUGGAUCUUGUGCUUUGGGUGUUCAGAGUUAAAAUGUGAUCUCUGUUGGUUGUCUUUGUGCGGGGAGAGCAUGCGCUCAUACUGGUUUUUAAAGGGAUGUUCCGGCAAAAAUUUGUUUGAGCUCAAACACACAGUAACACUGAGUGACACACCUCCUCGAGAGAUGAAUGUUGCCGACCGCUUGCUUCUCUAGUUAUACCAACUUUAGUAACGACCACAGGAUAGCAAUACACAGCGGUCUGAGGAGCCAUAAACAAACCUCAACCAAAACGCCACUCUAUAGCCACAAAUAAUGCUCAGAACAGCACCUUCAUCAACAGGACAUAUAGGGUCACAGACAUAGUACUAGACACCAAACCUCUUUUUAACUUUGACUAAUUUCUUUAGCAAAGAGACUAAACACAACUCACCUACUCUCUUCCAGCAGCUGUUUGUUUGUAGCGAGACCAUUACGGACUGCUGUGGGGUGACGCAGCUCAAGGAAGAACAUUUAUGAUCAUUUUUUAAUGGAACUAUAUCGAUUAUAAAUGUUCUUCCUUGAGCUGCGUCACCCCACAGCAGUCCGUAAUGGUCUUGCUACAAACAAGCGGCUGCUGGAAGAGAGUAGGUGAGAAGUUAGGUGCUGUUUGUGGCUAUAGAGUGGCGUUUUGGUUAAAGUUUAUUUACGGCUCCUCAGACCGCUGUGUAUUGCUAUCCUGCGGUCGUUACUAAAGUUGGUAUAACUAGAGAAGCAAGCGGUUGCAAAUAUUCAUCUCUCGACGGGGUGUCUAACUCGGUGUUAGGGCGUGUUUAACCCUAGAUUCAUUUACGCCGGAAUAUCCCUUUAAUUCAUGUCAUUCUGAAAGUGAAGAUUAAGCCUUUAAAUAAGAACAAGUGUCUUUUUUUGCGUGUGUGUGUAUACAGCAGGGCUGGCCUGCAGGUACACAGCAGAUUCUCAUCCCCUCCACCUGGCAGCAGAUGCCCGGCAUGGCGAUCCACAACCCGGGUCAGGCUGUGGUGCCAGACUCCCCCAUGGGCGCUCCUAUCUCUGACAGCCAACAAGCCUCAGGCUGGAGGUGAGUUUAGUCCAACAGGACUCUGCGCCUCCGUUAUUUGUAUAAAAGCACAGCCUGAGGUCGUUUUUGCCCCGUUUUUCUUAUUCACAGGGGUCGCCAUGGAAACCAGUACGACGCAGCCAGCCAGCAGGAUUCAGGGGUCGGCCGUCACGCUGCCUCGCAGAGUCACAACUCAGGAGCGGCGCACACAAGAUCCCAACAGAGCAAAAGGUCAAAGGCUCGGCACGCAGAGAGCAGAGCCAGGUACUCGGUCACACCAGCAAACGUUCACAUUAUAUCCACAUGGAGGGUAAACCGAGGAUACAUGCGGCGCCGGUCGUUUGAUCCUUUACUCUUCGGUUAAUGAGACAAGAGGGCCUCUGCAGUUUUGUUCCAGCUUUUAUUCUACUGUCAGGAAAAGAGAGUUAUUUAACGUUCCCGUACAAAGAGCAAAACUAACCGAGUUAAUUUAGUUUCAGCUGCUUUGGAGGAAAACCGUUUAGACUUCCCUUUCACUCAGCUCAUGGAGAGCAAGUGUAGCUCCCAGCUGAGUGUCUCUCCUUGAUUUCUAGUGUCCUUGUCUCCUCCAGGCCUGUUUCCUCCGUACACUCAACCUCGACUGUGGUCCACAACACCUCGUCGUAUGCUGGUGACCAAUCUCAGCCCAUCGUCAUCUCUGACACUCCCAGCCCUGCUGUCAGCAUCAUCACCAUCCACAGCGACUCCGAGGAUGAGGAUGACAGGAAGUUCCCUGCGGCCUGGUACGCUCAUUUCCUGUCUGUAAAUAUUUCACUUAAAUUUUCAGAAAUGAUUUUUUUACAUUUGUCUCCCACAGCUCCGGGACGAGCCAGAGGCCUAACGUGAUCAGCUGCGUGACGGUACAUGACUCCCACGACUCCGACUCUUCCACCAGCAGCCCCCUGAGCCCAAAGACCACCUCACAGCCCACCAAGUCCCUGGCCAUCAUCAUGCCCUCAGUGAAGAGCCAGCCGGGGGAGAGCACAACCCACAAAGCCCCGCCAGCUCCAGGUCCGGUCCACGAUCAGCCCAUAAUACUAUUUAGACAUAAAUACCAUCCAGUCAGGAUUACUUUUGCCCUCCUACUGUUUCAUGUAGAAACAUUAAAAACCAAGGCAGGGAGAGCAACAGCAAAGACACCAAGGGAACAGUAAAAUUACUCCUCUUUGGACUCUUUUUAGUCGCCUGUUUGAGCUCACUGUGUCUUCUCUGUUUUUUUACGGGCAGAUCAACCUUCAGGUAACUCUGGAAAGUCCAAGAAGGCCUCCACUCAGCAGUCCAGUCGUUCAGGAGAGUCCACCACCGACCGGCAUCAGCGAGCCGCAUCCAGCAGGUCUCAGCCUCUGAACCUGAGUCAGGUAUUUACUUUGGAGUAUAUCUGAUGUCUGACCUGGAGCUGAACUGAAGUAUUGGACGACCUUACAAGGAUGUUGAAUUUAAUCAGAGCUCUCUGGGACGUGCUGGAUUUACAAAUCUGUCCUGUCUCUAGUUGGGCUUCGAGUGUGUUGAUGUUAUAUAUCAUGUAAAUAGAAGAAUAUUAAGAAUGAUUGGAUAAUAGUGGAAGAUUUUUAAGACUGGGUAACCAGAUCACUUCAGAAAUACAGAUUUUAAAGUUGUUGUAUUUGCAUAAAAUCAUUUUCAAUGGCAGUAACUUUAAACCAAAGAGUUCAACAGUAUCACUUCUCUUUCGUUCCAGGUUCAGCAGUCCGUGAUGUCAUCAUCACAUGACCAAACAGGAAGCAGCAGUUCCCUGAGGCGUCAGCCCACGUACCCCCCUCCCGUCUCCUCCCACUCAUCCUACCGACUUCACGAGAACCCUCUCUUCAGCUCGACCCCGAAUCUCUACGCCUACCCGGCCUCCGCCGCCCUGGCCUCUGUCUCCCAGGCCGUGGAUCAGAUGCAGGGCGGGUCGUCCCGUCACAGCAGGGCGGGCGGAGCUUACUCAUCGCUGGCGCUGCUGCAGAAAAACGGUGCCCUGGCUCUAGGAGGGUCGGGUCCGGGACAGUACCACCAACAGCAGCAGCAGCAGCAGCCGCAGCAGCUGGGAGGGCAGCCUUACCACCACUCCAGUGCUUCUUACCAGCGGAAACUCAACCAGUAUCCCUACCUGUGACAAACUGACCUUAAGACCAAAAGGAGACCGACACUAGAGAGGAGCACAAGCUCAUCAUGACUGACUGUGAUCAGAACUUUUCUUUACGCUGGGGUUAUUCUUCUUCUGCUUACACCGAAUGUAUUUAUGUUUUCAUCAUGAUCAGACUUUCCGGUAAUAUGUUCCAAAAAUCGGGGAUGGUUUACAGCAUGUUAAGAGCAAAAAGAGUGCAAUCUGCAGCGUAAGUUCCCCUCUGCUUUUGGCUCUGUAGGUUAAAUAUUAAGAAGCUGACUGUCAGCUCUGAUUGAAGGGUGUUUACAUCCACAGCCGAUGGAGAAUGUGGGAACUGCAGCUCUUUUAGAGGACUCGACUUCAAGCUGGAAAAUCUACUCCUCACAGGCUGCAGUGUUAAGAUCUUUUUUUAAAUCAUGCUCUCAUUUUUAAUUAUGAAAACAAACGUUGAAGAACUGAAACUUGCUGCUCUCCGUUACACUUAUUAUUACUAUCAAUUGAACGUUUAAAAGUUGCAUUUAAACUCUCACAGCCGCCUUACUUAUUUGUAGUAACGUCUUUUAUUUGAACCUUUAAUCUGUAAGGAUGUUGUGAUACUUCAGUGUGUGUUUUAUUUGAAUGUAUUGUGUGUGUGUGCGUGUGUGUUUUAUCUGUACUAUGAAAAAACCGGAGAAGGUAAGCUAUGUACUGUACUGUAAAAUGACGUGUCACUGUGUUCUCCACACGUUUUCCAUGUCGGUUCUGUUUUAUUUCUCGGAUUAUAUUUAUAUGUUCGGUAAAUUGAAGACUAGUGAGUUGGUAUUUCAGGAGAUUAGCUGUUUUUUUUAGACAUUUUUCAGAGUUGUUCUCGGGUUGCAUGUGUCUGACAUGGAGUAGCAUUCUGGACAGGUUCAUAAACGAUGUAAUCUUUAAUUUGUACGAAAGAUACGAAAACAAUCUUCAAAAAUAUCAAAGCUCUUGUCUUGUGAGGUGCUGUCUGUGAAGUGAAGCGUGCACAUAAAUAAAACCUGAUUGGAUUUUACAGUCAUUUAGAGUCAGAGCAUUUAGGUAGAUCUGUGCUUUGAUUUGUGAGUAAUUCAACCUGACAAAGAGGAUUUAUAAAGGUAUCAAUUGAUGUUCAGUAUGUAACCGCUUCUAAAAAUCAUCGGUUUAGUGAAAUGAUGGAUGUUUUUACAAUCCUGCUGUGUUGUGAAGUGCUACAUUACAACGGACACAAAUUAACUUUAACCCUUGUACAUGCAAUAAAAUCUCCUCAAAGCAAAGUUCAUGGACUCAUUCACCAAAAAA